ACACUGACGGCCAUGUUUCCGAAACACAAACAACAAGAAGAGCAGCGACUGGGAGCCAGCAGACACAUACUGAUACGCAGAAGCGACCGUUGGUGGAGAGGGGAAAAAAAAUAAUAAAUAAAAUACAGAGCACGACUUUCUGAAAGUACUAUUCUGUCGAAUGAAUACGUUUACAGUGUUUAAAGAGACCAAUGCAUUCGAUAAAUUGGCUGUAGACACGCCGUGCAGACAAGCAGUCUGGUAGCUAUAAACAGUGAAGUGGUGCAAAGGGAGGAGGUCAGGAAAUAAAGGAGUUACCUAGAAGGUCUCCGUCAGUCCACAUUUCAGUUGGAGCGAGAGAAAACGGCACAGAGGGAGUGAGAGAAAGGAGAAGAGGAGUGCGAGUCGCGUCUGCUCUUGGCAGCUGUUCCAGCAGCCUAUUUCAUUGUUUUUUUCGGCUGUUAUUUUGUUCCUGCGUUACGUCUUUUGAUCAAUCAGUUCAUAUUUUUAACGUUAAUGUGAGAUAUAACUGCUGUAAAAAAACAAAAAGGAAAUCGCAAACAAAAAAAAAGAAGACAUUAUUAGCAAGAGUGUUUUAUUUUGUUCCAUUGUUAAUUUCUAAGGUUCUUUUCGUUUCUUUUUUAUGUUAACAACCUUUUUUGGCUGUGAGUAGCAGGAGCUUCCAUUCUCCAAACUUAUCAUUGAAAGCCCUUCCUUAGUUAGGACCUGAUAACCUGGUAUUCCUCAAGCACCUGAAACUGGCAGCUAUUCUCUUUGUGUGUUUGGGGAGCUCUGUGACCACAGCUUAAGCACCACUCAGCCUUCUAGUCACCUAAGCCUAACUAAAGCCAGCCAGCUCGAGCCUGGUCCAGCCCAGUCCAGCCUGCUCCGAUUAUCUGGACAGGAUACUCAGUUCUGUGUGGACGUGAGGAAUAUGACUGCUGAGACUCUUAACUUCGGCCCAGAAUGGCUCCGUGCACUGUCCAGUGGGGGGAGUGUGACGUCUCCCCCUCCUUCCCCCGCCAUGCCAAAGUACAAGCUGGCCGAGUACCGCUACGGCCGAGAGGAGAUGUUAGCACUUUAUGUCAAAGACAACAAGGUCCCAGAGGACAUGCAGGAUAAGGAGUUUGCUGCUAUUCUGCAAGAAGAGCCCAUGCAGCCACUGGCACUGGUGCCUCUCACUGAGGAGGAGCAGAGGAACUUCUCCAUGUCUGUGAACAGUGUGGCAGUGCUGAGGCUCAUGGGAAAAGGAGUGGGUGGUGCGGCCCCAGCUGGAGUGGUCCGUGGACGAGGAGCCACACGGGGUGGUCGAGGCCGAGGCCGUGGUGAAGGUGGAUUCUACCAAAGAAGUAUUGAAGAUGCCGAGGUGGGUUUCGGUCGCAGCGUCCGAGAGAUUCACCGCAGCCAGAGCUGGGACGACCGGGGUGAGCGUCGAUUUGAGAAGCCGCUGCGGCGGGAGGUGGGACGUCCUGGCUUUGAAGAAACUGGAGGUCCCGUGGGUCCGGUGAGGAAAGAGUACACAAGGGCUGACAGUGAUAACUGGCGCACCCUACGGGAGGAGCAGGAGGAAGACGAAGGGGAGCCGGGCAGUAACUGGAGACUUGCUGGAUCCCGUAGGGAUGAUGGUGGUCCUCGCUCAGCGGGCUGGCGGGACCACAGUGGUCCAGGAGAAGGUCGGAGGAGGAAGUUUGAUUUCGACUUCCGGGACUCUGACGGGCACGGUGGCGGGCGUCGGCGCGCAGGCAGCGAUGGUCUAGAGGACGAUAGGGACGGCCUGCCUGAGUGGUGUACAGAUGAGGAGGAUGGGGAGAUGGGCACUUUUGACUCGUCUGGAGCGUUCAUGCCUAUGAAGAAGAGUGGCAAGGAGACAAUCCUGGAGGAGUUUGAGUUUAAGGGGAUUGAGGAAGAGGAAGAGGAGGGAGACAGCCUUGCUGAUAUGGAGAGGAACAGCGCUGAAGGAGACAAAGACAAGGAGAUUAAAGAAGCCAUCUUUAUUGUUGGAGAUGGUGAGACAAAGCCAGCAUCUCCUUCGUCUUCUCCAACAGCUCACUGUCCCCCUCCAUCGCUGGAGUCCCAACCCAGCAGUGCUAAUCAAGUGGUGGAUAAUGCCCAGCUGAGCAACAGCCAGUCUGUGAAGGCCAGCAGCACGUCUGGUGAAGAUGCAGCUCCAUUAGGGGGCUCCAAGGCCCAGCUGAGUCCCAGCGGCGCAGCCACCUCCUCCAGCCUGCCUCCUCCACCCCCUUCAUCUGCUGCUCCUCUACUCCCGCCAUCUGGAGGAGACGCUGAGGACGACGAAGGCAUGAAACACCUGCAGCAGGAGGCAGAGAAGAUGGUGGCAUCACUGCAGGAUACUUCUUUGGAGGAGGAGUGCUUCACCCAGGCUCUGCAGCAGCAGGAGAGCAGGAACACGGCAGCUGCUCUGCCGCUAACUCACGAGGCUGCCAUGAAGUGGUUCUAUAAGGACCCCCAGGGAGAGAUCCAGGGUCCAUUCACCACGGUGGAGAUGUGUGAGUGGUUUCAGGCUGGCUACUUCACCAUGACCCUGCUGGUGAAGCGGGGCUGUGAUGAAGGUUUCCAACCCCUGGGGGAUGUCAUCAAGAUGUGGGGCCGCGUGCCCUUUGCCCCGGGUCCCUCCCCGCCGCCCCUGCUGGUGAGACAGCUACCACCAACGCAGCGCCCGCAGCCCAACCGGGGGCCCGCCGGGACUGGAAACCUGGACCAGGAGCGCCUGAAAAAGCAACAGGAGCUUGCAGCAGCAGCUCUUUAUCAACAGCUCCAACAGCAGCAGCAGCUAUUCCAGCUCAUGAACAGGUGCAGUGAGCAGAGUAUGAUGCCUUCGAUGAACAGAUCGAUGUCAGUGCCAGAUACAGGGUCCAUGUGGGACAUGCAUACCUCAGCUUCACAGCCGUCAGGUGGUGAAGCCAGUCUUUGGGACAUAACAAUGAAUCCUUCUACUCAGGGUCCAACUCUCGAACAGCUUCAGAAGCUCCAGCAGGAGAGGCGAGACGCUGAACUCAGGGCGAAGCGUGAGGAAGAGGAGCAGCGUAAGCGAAGGGAGGAGAAGAGAAGGCAACAGGAGGAGCAGAAAAGGAGGGAGGAGGAGGAGAUCUUCAGACGCAAGCAGUGUCGUCAGCAGCAGGAACUGAUCAUGAAAUUGCUGCAGCAGACCCCCCAGCAGCAAGGACCGGGGGCAGGCAGCUCUAGUUGGAGUGGGGCUUCCUCUUCUGGGCUUUCUAAGGCAGGAAAGCCCCAGGCUCUGGCUUUGCUGGAAAUACAGCAGGAGACUGAGAGACUCCUGAAGCAGCAGCAGAGAGCCCAGCAGCAGAGAGACCGCCACUCUGGUUUGUCAAUGGGGAGCUCCUCCAUGGGAGGGCAGUGGGUGGAUGGCGUCGGUAUGUGGGGAGGGCCGGGUAGUCUGGAGAGUAAGAGCAGUAGUGGAGGGUCUUCGGGCAGCAUGGGCAUGUGGGACGAGGCUGUGAAGAACCAGACCGGCCUGCGUGGGAACAGCAACAACAACAUGGGCCUUAAGAACAGCCGCAGCAGCCCAUCACUCAGUGAUCAGUACAUGAUCCGUCGUAAGCGCACCGAGGAGGAGGAGAAGCUGCUGAAGCUGCUGCAGGGCAUGAAGCCUCAGGACGGCUUCACCACCUGGUGUGAACAGAUGCUGCACGCUCUCAACACCUCUGCCAACAACUCCUCCUCCUCUGUGGAUGUUGCCACAAUUGUGGCAUACCUGAAGGAGGUGGAGUCUCCCUAUGCAGUGCUGGAUUUCAUCCGGUCCUACCUAGGGGACACAGUGGAAGCCAAAGAGUUCGCCAAACAGUUUCUGGAGCGACGUGCCAAACAGAAAGCCAACCAACAGAGACAGCAGCAACAGUUAUCAAAGGAAGUGGCUGGAUUGAACAUGAACUUCCCUCUGCAGGAUUCAAUGCGAGGUAUGAAUCCCAACACUCUGCAGUCCAUGUUUCAGGCCAACCACAUGGGCAAGGCUGGUCUCUAUGAUAACCAGGGAGGAAAGAUGAAGAAGAAACAGCCCAUGAUGCUGCACUCUGACCCCAGCAUCUUAGGGUACUCAUUCCACAACACGGGCGAGUGUAUGAGCCUGAAUGAGAUGGAGAUGGUGGAGGAUUACUGAUGUGACGCAGCGCAGCAGCAAUAGCUACCUGAGGCCUUCUGUCUUUUAAUCAGACAAACCUGAUGACGAAUGUGCACUGCUGGGGGAACCGAACUGGGGGUUGUGGGGUACAAAGGGGGGCAAGCAUGGUGGUGAGGGGGAGGUGUGGAGUGGAGGCGCCCAGUUCUGCGCCUCCCACUCGUUCUUUCCCUCUGGAUAGAAAAAAUAAAAAGGGCUCCCUGCUGCACCAGUUGAUCACUAGAGCAGGGGAGAGGGGGGGUGAGGCGCGGUGAGGUUAAAAGGAUGAUGGGUAUCCUCUGGCACUCAAAAGAUUAAGCACCUUAUACUGAACUAAUGCACUUUAUUGAGAUGGGAUUUGAAUAGUUUUUCUUUUUGUUCGUGUGUGUGUAUGCGUGCGUGUUCAGAAUCAGUGCGCAUACGGUGUGUGUACGUGCACAUUAUCGGCGUGUGCAGCAGAACUGGAAGGCGGCGGUGAAAACAGCGAGCAGGGCCGAGCGGGCGGGACGUUAGGUUUUCAAAUUCAGGGGGACCUUUAGUUGAAACCGUAUCAGAGAGCAAAUCCUUUCUCAAAAGACAAACACUGUUGAUAUUUCUCUUGUUUAGCAUUUUUUUUUUUUUUUUUUUUGGUUCUGUUUUUUACGUUUAUAUAAAAAAGUAAAGCUAUUGAAAAAUGGAUUAUAAAAAAAACUUGAAGAUUUGCACUUGCCUAAAAAAACGAAAUAAGAAAAACGACAAAAAAAAGAAAACAAAUGGGGUUAGUUAGAAGUGAAUAUUUUUGUGAAUGUGUAUGAGCGACUGGGAGUGGCUGAUGUGUGGCGGCUGAGUUGUGUCAGUAAUAUACAGUCUGCACAAGUUUUUUGUCUUUUGUUGCUUACCAAGAUGUAUGAAACAUAAGAGGCCAUUUUUGUCUUUUCUGUUUGGAUAGUCAUUUUGUAUUCAUGUUUAGAGUGAGUGUGUGUGUGUGUGUGUGUAUGUAUGUGGUCCUUUCCAGACAAGGACGUGUGUGUUUUAUGGGUGUGACUGAAUGCUCGUGUGUGUGUGUGUGUGUGUGUUUAUGAGAGAGAGAGAGGGCAAUUGCACAACACAUCCUUUCUCUCACCAGCUCUUCAUCCCCUGAUAGAAAACCAGAAAUGCAUAUAUUUGUAAAUGUUAGCUUUGCUCUCAUCACAUGACGACCACCACUAGUUUAUUUCCCUGAGCUUCUCCCCAUGGGGAGCCGUCUCUAGACCUGAAAGGGACUAAGCAGACGUGGCGAAUCAUGAGGGACAUUACUGUGUGCGCAUGUGAGUGAGAUUUUCAGUGUGCGUGUUUAGAGUACAUGUUCAUUUACUGUUCAUAGAAAUGAGUUAAAACUACAGGUACUCAUUUUUCUUGUUGUUGUUGUUUUCUUGUAUGUGUAUGAAUGCACAUUUGUGCCUAAGAACUUGGAUAGGGUGCAUGGCCAUCGAGACAUUAACUCUUUUUUGAGAGCGAGUGUGGUGCGUGUCAGUGCUCAGCACAGUGUAUGUAAAGUAUGUACGUUGGUAUGGUAAAUAUUUCUAGUUGAGUCUAGGGGUGAUCCAUCGGAAGGCUUAGUCCAGCGUGUUUUUCCUGGGGGUGUGAUCACGUUGCCUUUUGUCAGCUCUCGAACUUGUGAAUGAAAGGUGUCGAGUUUCUGACUCUGAAAUACAGAAAACCACAAAAAAACAAUUAAAAAAAAUACAGCAUCUUAAUGUGCAAGUGCACAGAGCGGUGCAUGAAAUGUUAGCAUAUUGUGUUACAUAUUCGUUGUUGCAAUUUGAUAAUGACGAGUUUUUCUUUUUUAAAUGAAAAAUAUAUAUAAAUAUAUACAUUAUAUACAAAGUUUAAAAAGUAUUUGGACUAAGAUGAGCACUUGGGGCUGCUAUUUUUGUUGUGUGUUUUUAAUUUUCUUUUCCUUUUUUUUUUUCAUUUUUUGCCAUGUGAAGUGUGUAUUAUUUUU